CUUUAGGAUUCUGAUAGAAAACUGGGACUUGGAAGGGUGGAUUUUGAGGAUCCCUGGGAGACACAGCACUGGAACAGGCUGCAUGGAAUUGACAUAACACAUCCUUGGUUCUUCCUGAACUCAAGAAGAGUCUCGCCAACAUGGAUCUAUUUGUGGGACAACUCAAGUGCUACAGGAUGUUGACUGUGGGGUUGACCUUUUUGGUUUGGAUAUUCUAUCUCAAGAUGUUUUGGCCUGAUACCUCGAUCUACCGGCUCCCAGGACCCCGUCCUGCCUCCAAAUUUGCUUCCAACUUCAUGGAAUCUCCCUCCCACUUGGAUUCUCUCCCGCAGACUCUCACCAACUUGACAUGCCUUCUGUACUGGCCCCCAACCCCAGGAUAUGGGGGAAACCUUUUGGCCUCCACCAGCCCCAAGACCUCCACCUACCACCUGAAGGGUCCUUCCCAGGCCAACUACACCCUGGGAGGCUACUUAGAGGCUGUACUUGUGGCCAGAGACCACCUGGGCAAACCCAAGACCCAUGGUGGAGAUCUGUUUCGGGCACAACUAUUGGGUUCAGAAUUGAAGACAGGGGUCCCUGGGGAUGUCCAGGAUCUGGAAAAUGGCACAUAUCUCUUGUCCUUUCCCCUGCUUUGGGCUGGCAGGGCCGAAGUACAAGUGCGGCUGAUCCACUCCAGUGAGGCAGUUGGGCUUCUGCGGAGAAUCUGGACAGAGAAAAGGGCCACAGUGAAUUUUAAGGGCUAUUUCCGGGGAAUGAAAGGGCCUGAAGAGACUGUGAUCUGCAAUGUUGACCCCUGGUCAACUGGUGCUAAAAGGGCCACCUGUCAGUAUAGAGAUGUGGUUUCUGGUGAGCUCUGGUUCUGUGCUCAACCUCCUACCUUGCCCUGCAACUCAUUAGUUGGUCACUCCAGUGGGGCUUACCUAAAAGUAACCACACAACAUGAUGAGAACCUACUGGCAUGGUCCCUGAAGCCGGUGGAUCUACAUGUCACAUAUCAGGUGGGGCCCCUGAUGGCCGUGGACACGACACGGGGCAUUGUGCUACACUGGCGGGCCCACAGCUGGCCCCUGCGCUCUCUCCGCACACCAGUGGCCUCCCUGCACUCUGUGGCCAAGGAGCUGGCGGGCCUGGCGGGGGGACCCCGCACCGUGGUGGUGCUGGGCUUGGGAGCCCACUUCACCACCUUCCCUCCCACCAUCUUUGUGCGACGCCUGGCAGGGAUUCGGGCAGCUGUGAUGGCCCUGCUGGCCAGGGAACCCAGUACCCUUGUGGUCAUCAAGUUGGCCAACACUGGCUACAAGUCUGUGUAUGGCAGCGACUGGUUCACCCUCCAGGUGAACCGGCUCCUUCGAGCUGCCUUUUCCGGUCUCCGCGUGGCCUUUGUGGACGCCUGGGAAAUGACCUCCAGCCUGCCUCUGCCGGACAACAUCCACCCAGUGAAGCUCAUUGUGCAAAAUGAGGUGGACCUGCUCCUCUCCUUCAUCUGCCCCACCUGAGUGCUCCUGCGGGCCUGGGACU